AUGGCCGAGCGCGAACAGCUGCUCAUCUCGCCCGACGGCACGCCUAUCUGGGCCGGAUCCUCGGGGGACCCGUCCAAGCCAGCGAUCGUCUUCGUACACGGUCUCUCGUCCACCGCGCGGAGUUGGGACGCGCAGUUCGCAGACCCGGCUUUACUCAGCGCGUUUCAUCUCGUGCGGUACGAGAUGCGCGGGCAUGGACGAAGCGGGAAACCGGUCGACGAGGACGCAUACUCGUCCCACAAGAUCGCUGCGGACUUCAAGACCGUCUGCGACGCCUUUGGGGUCGUGAGGCCGAUCCUGGAGGGCUGGAGUCUGGGAGGUGCUGUCGUAGUAGACGUUGUGACCGCGUACGGCGCGGACUACCUUGCGGGCAUCAUCUACAUCGGCGGCCCGACGGUCGCGCUGCAACACCCGUGCCUGCACCCGAACUUCCUCGCGGUCAUCCCGCAAAUCAUGUCGCCCAACGCGGACGACACGCACCGCGGCGCGGAGCUGUUCGUGGACUCGUGCGCGAAGGCGCCGCUGCCGUACGAGACCAAGCUCGAGUGGAUGGGCGCGUGGGUCGCACAGCCGCGGAUGAGCCGCCAUUGGAGCACCCAGCGCAAGCAGGAUCCUGCGGUGUGGGAGGCGAGUGCGCGCGGGAUCCCGGUGGUGGUCAUUCAGGGGCUGGAGGAUGCGCACUGUGCGAUCGAGGAGACGAUCAGUCUGGUUAGAAAGGUGUACGCGGACGUUGAGGUGCAUUUGUUGGAGAAUGUUGGGCACUCACCACAUGUCGAGACGCCAGAGGUAGCAAACAAACUAAUGCUGGAAUGGGCGUUGAGGAAGACAAUUUCGUAG